AUGUUGCUGUUCUUUUCAGCAGGUGGUCAGUUUCAUUCCCCAAGGGGUCACUCUUCUCCCACCGAGAGAGCAACACCAGAGCCUCCUGUCCCAGAAGUAAAUCCAGUGGCCCAGCAGACUGACCGCCAAGAUGCUGCUUCUCCUGCCUGCUCUGUGGAGGAAGAGGCCAGGAGCCCCAGCCCAGAUCAUUCAAGCCUCUGCAGCUUCGAAAUCAAUGAAAUCUACUCAGGCUGCCUGGACACAGCAGAUAACCAAGAGGAGGAGCAUCCGGGAACUGGCUUAUCUCUUGAGGGAGCCGCACCAAACCAGACAGAUGAACUGAAGUCCAUGGAAGAAGAGCUGGAAAAGAUGGAGAGAGAGGCGUGCUGUUUUCUCGACGAAGACGAGAGCUCUUCGGACGCUGACACUGAGCUCUCCUGUGAGGACUGGGACUGGCAGAAUGGUGCGCUGCGUUCCCCCAGCCUGCUUGCGUCAGCCGGAGGAGCCAAGGGCGGCGUGAACAACCGGUCCAUGACCGAGGAGUACAUCAGUAAGUGUGUGCUGAACCUGAAGAUUUCGCAGACCUUAAUGCACCAGAAUGCUGAUUUGCUGAGGAAUAUUCAGCAGAAGAUAGAAAAGCUUCAGAUGAUACAGAAGGAGCAGGCGGAGCGCAGGUCUCUGUGGGCUUCUUCGAGAGAGUUUGCAGGCAUCCACGACUCACCUUCGGCCCUCGGCCCUCCGGCUUCCAGCUACAUCCCUCCUGUCGUGCAGCGGCUGGGGGACCAGCAGCCCGACCCGGGGGGCAACGGUCCGACUCUAGCAAGGUCUCCGAGAACAGCGAAAGAUUUUCGAGGAGGACAUUUUGGCAAAAGGUCCAAGAAAAGAAGAGACUGUGGCUGGUCACCUUUAGCUUCUUUCCCCCAAGUCACUGAAGAAAGCACCGGGGAUCAGCCGGAGAAGGGCCAGCAGCUGCCAGCUCAUUGUGGCCCUGGAAAACAGAGCGGAGGUGAACAGUUUCAGCCCACUCACGGAGCCAAGGACAGUUUGGAAAGAAACAGGAACCAGAAUACCAGCAGCCAGGGAAGGCCUAGGGAGUCCAGUCCUCAAAGCAAAAUGACACAGCUCAGUAGCGCACUCCUCACCAUGCCAAGCCACCCACGGGGACCACCCGCCUCAUCCAGCCCUGGCCAGGACUCUACCAGGAUCAGCAUGCAAUCUGUGUCUUCUGAAAUCUAUAACGCAAAGUCAAGAAAUGAAGGUGAUGGAGAGAUACACUUAAAGUGGAAAACGGAGGUGAAAGAAAUGGCAGCGAAAGCAGCUACUGGACAGCUGACAGUACCUCCUUGGCAUCCUCGGAGUGGUGUGGCUUUAGACAGUGAGGCUGAACAUGAGCCUGACCCCCUGCCGCAGCUCCCCAUUAGGGUCUCCGAGCAUGUGGAUUGGCAGCAAGCUGCAGAGUAUCUCAAGAAAAGCAAUGAGCCAGGAGGAAAUAAGUGUGGCCAAACAGACAGCAGUGACCAGCGUGGCAGACAGUCAGGGCCUCAGCGUUUCACCAGUAUCAGGCACCUGCUCCCCAGAAAAGAUGAGCAGCCAGAGCACAGUGAAGUCUUUCAAGCAAAUUCGGAUGCAUCUGUGGCGGUUGAGAAGUCUUACAGCGAUCAGUCUGCACAAUCAACUUGUUCACCAGAGUCUUCUGAAGCCAUGACAGAUGAGUUUUUAACUCCAGACCAUGAAUAUUUUUACUCCUCAAUUGCUCAAGAAAAUUUGGCUUUAGAGACCUCAAGUCCCAUUGAUGAAGACUUUGAAGGACUACAACAUGCUUGUGCCCGACCUCAAGCCUCUGGUGAAGAAAAGUUCCAAAUGAGAGAAAACUUUGGAAAAAAUGCUGAAAUUUUGACCAAGUCUCAAUUCCAGCCUAUACGAAGUACUGAAGGUGAACAAGACGAGACAUUAAAGGAGCCACCAAAGGAAAUGAAAGAGAAAGAUAUAUCACUGACAGACAUUCAGGACCUGUCUAGUAUCUCCUAUGAACACGACGGUUCUUUCAAGGAAGUCUCAUGCAAAACACCCAAAAUAAACCACGCACCUACUAGUGUCAGUACUCCACUCAGCCCAGGGUCAAUUUCUUCAGUUUCUAGUCAGUAUAAGGACUGCCUUGAAAGUAUCCCAUUUCAGGAUACUAAAACAGGAUCUACCUCAUGCUGGACCAGUCAAGAAUCUACUCAGACUUUGUCUGAUAAAUUUACAAGUGUCCGAGAGAAAGUAAAGAGCCUAGAUUCCCUUCUUACUUCCUCUGAAAUUCUCCCUGCAAGACUGACUAAUCUCAAAAGAUUGCCUACCUUUACUGGGGCUGGUUCCUCCAGCGCUGCUAAGGCGCCUGACGCAUCAUGCAGUGCCACUCAGAGAAGGAGCCUGCCAAAAGAACUCGUAGAAGCCAUCUCGCAACAUCACAUCGAUGAGCUACCACCACCAUCUCAGGAGCUGCUUGACGAAAUUGAGCUCCUGAAGCGGCAGCAGGUCUCAUCCACAGCCUUGGAUGAGAACACAGCAAGUCAUCCGGACAGCGCUGCAGAUGAUCAAAAGCAUUUAGAAGAACAAGAAACUCACAGUAAUAAAGAAGACAGUAGUGUGCUUUGGACCAAAGAAACCCAGGAUCUAGAAGAGGACACAGAGAGAGCUCACUCUACACUCGACGAGGACCUGGAGAGAUGGCUGCACCCCCCCGAGGACAGCACGCAACUAGCGGAUCUGCCCAGGGGCCCGGCAAGGGAGGCAAGCAGCAAAGAUCAAGAAGUUGGUGAAAAGAAGAGGAAAGGGGAAGAAAGCACGAAGCCAGAGAGAAGGAAAUCGGAGAGCUUUUUAGGGACUUCUGAAGAAGAGGAACUGAAACCCUGUUUUUGGAAGCGACUGGGUUGGUCUGAACCAUCCAGGAUAAUCGUGUUGGAUCAGAGUGACUUGUCAGACUGACCGGAAGUGGACUGUAGGUGGACUCCUGGCCUGAGCUUGAGUGUCCUGCUCGUGAACUCCCUUCGUCCCCCGUCUGCUGCAGUCACCAUUAGGGCAGUGGGUCUGUAGCUCACACUUUGUUCGGCUUCCACUAUCGACAGAAUGGCUCCUUUGUUUGCAGCACAUUUAACCAGUUGUUUUCAGUCAGAUUUCUGGAAAGUAAAAGGUGUUUUGAUUGUAAAACUUUCUCAUUGUGCCUCAAAUGGCAUUUGGUUUUUUUUUUUUGAUACAGAUUUUCAAAAACUUUAAAUUCAUGUUAUCUAAUAAAACGUUUCCUUUUAAUACACGUU